AUGUCCAUCGCGAAUCUGCCAGGGCUCGGCGUCGUUGAUGCAGGACUGUCCAGUCUGCUGAUGUUGGAAGACAUCACCAUACAGAGAAAUCACAAAGACAAAGACGGCCGCAUCGCUCUGACAGUAGCCGCUCAAAGAGGCGACAAGGAACUCGUGCAGCACAUUCUCGAAACCAAAGCGAAGUUGAUGGUCGAGGACGCCGGCCACAUAGGCCAAAUCAUGGCGGAAAAGGUGUAUCUCGGACUCUAUAAUCGCGUAGUGCCUGCGAAGGAGCCGGCUCGGUCUGCCGUCUUGGACUCGGUGGUUGGGGAGACGCCGCUGUCGUGCGCUCUUCGGCUUCGUCAUGUUGAGGUGGCUCGGCUGCUGGUGGAGGGCCCCGAAGGUGUGAAUCGGGCCCUGGCGAAGCGUAUCAGACUGGAGCAGCUCCAUUGGGCUGUGUAUUAUGGACAGCUGCCGAUCAUUGAUCAUCUGCUGCUAGAGGAAACUGAUAUCGAAGGCGUUAAUGCAGAUGGCAUAACUCCGCUGGGUACAGCUGUCAGCAGGUGUCAAGCUGCCGUUGUGGAUGUUUUACUGCGGAAAUACAAAGCAAACGUCAAUGCCAAGGAAGAGGACGGCACGACGCUUUUACAUUAUUUGUUUCUUCAGAUGGAGCCCGAGACGAAGCAAAGCGGUGCGUGGAAAGGUGUCAUGAAGCGGUUGAUUGACGAAGGAGCUGACCUUGACGCUCGCACCGAACCUAAUGGAGGCACAAUAUUGCAUCACAUCUCCUGGAUCGAUCGCAUCGAAGAGGUACAGCUGUUGCUGGAGUACGGGGCGGACGUUAACGCCAGUGACAAAAUGGGCCUGACGGCGCUGCAUGUGGCUGCGAGCAUGGGUCAUGUGAAGAUCGUGGAACUGCUUCUUCAACACGGUGCCAAAUGCGAGGCUUCUGGCCCCUCGGAUUACACGCCGUUGGAUCUCUUAUUAAAGCCUGACCCCAUCCCUAGGUCGAAGAAGACCCCGAUCUCCAAUAGGGUGCGUGUCGUGAGACUGCUGCUGAACAGCAACCCCGGCCUACUCAUGAAGAAAGAUAAGUUUGGAUUUACCAGUGUGGGAACGGCUAUCCAUCGGUCCGAGCUGGAAUUAUUGGAGGUGCUACUCGAUUAUUCAGGCAGUGAUCCCGGGCAAUCAUCAGUCAAUUUGUCUACCAUGUGCUUUGCUGCGUUGCUUGGUACGGUAGAUGUGAUCGAGUUCUUAAUAAAGAAGGGUGUAUCUCUCCAAGGAGUGGAUGAGCGCUACGGGCGUAAUGCACUCUGUUGGGCUGUCAGCCGGGGCCGGAAGGCUCAAUUCAUGUCGCUCCUGCGGAGCCCUAGAAUGGGAUGGGAUGACGUGGACAAGUUAGGGAGGAAUGCGCUUUUCCUUGCUGCCGCCAACGGCGAGCACGACAUGUUCGUGCAGCUCGCAGACCGUGACAGCGACGUUCACCGCCGGGAUCGAUUCGGCCUCACGCCCUUAUUUGUCGCCGUUCAGCACGGCCAUCUGAGUAUUGUCCGGCAGAUUGUGGAAUCUCGUCCGCUGCUGUUGGAGCCUAAGGAUUCCUUUGGUCGGAGUCUGUCGUGGUGGAUGCGCGCAACUGGUAAUACUUCCAUGCAGAGUAUUCUGACGGGAACCGGGAUGCAGCUGCAGGAUGAUGAACAGACGGGCGACAUCCUAUCCUUUCUGGAAAAGACCUCUUCAAUAGAAUGCGACGUGUGCACUCUUUGCUUGUAUCAGAAGGAUCGAGGCGUCCAAUGUGGUUCCGGAAUCCGGAAGUAUAGAAUCUGCCACGUCUGCUGCGACUUCGGAGCCAGCGCUGCGGACUUUGCGGACCUUCUUGAGGGAUAG